UUGGUGUGUGUGCGCAUGCGGACUAAUGACUGGCCCAGCUACACGUGAAUGCAGCAUGGCGGACCAGGGAGGAAAAGUGGAGCUAGACCGGGCACAGGUCAAGAAAGCUGUGCUGGCACUUCAAGCCUUCAUCAAAAGCAAAGGCUCAGAAUGCCUUCUUCUGGACGACAGUGAACCUAUUAACCUCAUGUUUACGUUAUGGAAAAUCCCAAGGAAAGAGCAGACGAUACGCAUUCCCUUACCCCAUGGCAUCCGUAAAGACAAUGGCGAGGUGUGCCUCUUCACAAGAGACGAACCCAACAUGACUUCAGAACAGACAAUAAGGUUCUACAAGAAGCUACUCGCAGAGAGAGGAGUGAAGCAAGUCACAGAGAUUAUCCCAUACAAGGUGCUAAAGACGGAGCACAAGUCGUUUGAAGCCAAGAGAAGGCUGCUGGGGAACUUUGACCUCUUCCUGUCCGAUGCACGCAUUCGCCGUCUGCUGCCUUCCCACAUUGGGAAACAUUUCUACGAAUCAAAGAAAGCUCCUCUGUCUGUGAACCUGCAGGCCAAGAGUCUGGGUCGCGACAUGGACCGUCUUAUCCAGGGCAGCACCCUAACAGUCGGCAAGAAGGGCCCAUGCUGCAUGGCGCGCGUGGCCCACUCGGGGAUGACUGCAGAUGAGAUUGAGGAGAACAUCAACACAGCUGUACAGACCAUCAUAGCCAAACUAAACAUGGUCGAGAAAUCGAAAGUGAUGAAGAUGAUCCACCUGAAGAGUCAGACGUCUGUGGCGCUGCCCAUCUACACGUCAGACCUGAGCCACCUCGCCCUGCUGGAGGAGGCCCGGCAGCAGAACUUUGACGCCAAGAAGAAGCCAAAGAAGAAGAAGAAGCAGAGUGGAGAUGCGAAAGAAGUAGAGGGAAGCCAGCCAAAGAAGGCGAAAAAGGACAAAGAUGUGGCUGAGGGAGCUGCAGAGGGCGACGAAGAGGAGAAGGAUGGCGAAGAAGAAAUCCCUCAGCUCGUGCCUAUUCAGACACCGAGCAAAAAGGCAAAGUCACAGGGGCCGACCAAAAAAGGGUUGAAGAAAGCAGCCAAACCAUUGGCUGCAAGAGGAGGGAAACAAGGCAAAGGUGGACCAGGGAAAAUGGCCAAGAAGACCAUGAGCACGCCUACCAACAAACAGAAAAGGAAAGGAGCCAAGUGAUGUAAAAUAAAAAUUACCAACUUCCUUCCCUCUUUAUAUCCAUUUUUAUGUAAUGUUGUGAAACAUGUUGUCCAAAAUGCCUUGGCUAAAAAAAACUCCCAUCAAAAACAUCAGGGUCAUGUAUACAGUACAUUCUUAAUGGAUUUGACCAAUCAUGCCUGUCCUUCAAACAAUACUAGGCUGACUGCUGAACUGCUUGUAAAUGGGACUGAUGGAAGAUGUCAAUUUGCAGAACUGUGAACCUGUCUUUUGUACCAGAACGAUGCACGGGGCAAUGCGUGUGUGUGUGUUCAUCCACUGUGUAAAUAAUAAAAAGACAAUAUACUCUUA